AUGCCAAUCUCACAUCGUUUAACCGCAAGGAAAGUUAAAAAACCGAUUCUAUCCAUCGUGGUCCCCGUUUACAACGAAGAAGAAAACGUCCGCCUGUUGUUUGAAAAAAUCCAAACGAUAUGUGAGACAAUUGGCGAAGCUUAUGAGGUGUUGUUCGUAGACGAUGGAAGUCACGAUGAAACCUUCACGGUACUUUCGGAACUGAGCAAACAGAAACCGCAACUCGGAGUUAUCCGAUUCCAAAAGAAUGCGGGGCAGACAGCAGCGAUGGCGGCAGGAUUUGAAUGCGCGCAAGGACAACGGAUUAUCAGUAUGGACGGUGAUUUGCAAAACGAUCCAGCCGAUAUUCCGAAACUGCUUGAAAAACUGGAUGAAGGCUACGAUUUGGUGUGUGGAUGGCGAAAAGAACGACAGGAUAAAUUUUUGACGCGGCGUGUCCCGUCCAUUGUUGCGAAUUGGAUAAUCGGUAAGGUGACAGGGGUCCCUAUCCACGACAACGGAUGCUCACUCAAAGCGUACCGAGCCUCGGUUAUCAAACAGGUGCCGCUCUAUGGAGAGAUGCACCGAUUUAUCCCCGCGAUGUCUACAGUGGUAGGUGCGCGUAUCGCUGAAAUUGUCGUCACACAUCACCCGCGACGUUUCGGAAAAAGUAAGUACGGACUUGGUAGAGUAUGGCGCGUGAUGCUGGACAUUAUCGCCUUCAAGUUUAUCAUUUCCGUCUUUGCGCCGCGUCCUAAUCCACAAAAACCUCUGCGCAGGUCUCCUAUAGAGGCUUGCGGGACAAUGUGGCAGCGGUUGUCCAAUAUUCUUUUCAGGCCGAAACAGAGAGCAUUCCGUGUUGCUGCGUUCCUAAGUCUCCCUUUCUUUGUUUUAGGACGUGUUUUGUUCGGAAAUGCUAACAUUGCAGCACUGAGUUGCUUCGGAUCAGCGAUAGCCCUACUAACACUUGGGUGGAUAACUGAGAACAAAAUUCGACACGCGAAAAAAGAGUCGUCCACGUUAGGCAGACUCGCACGUUUUUUUAUCAUUCAAUGUAAACGGAGACCUAUUCGGUUUUUAGGACCCAUCGGCGUGGCUUUGUUCAUACUCGGUGGGAUCCUCUCAAUCGCGCCGAUCAACGCUCUUUUGCUGAAAAUUUUGAACGUUGGAUCAUCGAACCCGAGUGCUAUUUUUAUCACCGGUGGAAUUUUAGUAUUCUGCUCCGGUUUGUUUGGUGAACUCAUCACUUAUGCCAACGCAAAGCGGGUGAAAGACUACACGAUUCUUUAA